AUGUCGGGCUAUAACAAAAAAUAUUAUAUUUUCGGAUUAAUUUUCGCAGUCCUAGCAAUAGCCUUUUCAUAUUGGUUUCGAAAGCCUGCAGAUGUCAAUGUCGAGUCCGUUCUCAGUAGUCUGACUCGGUUAGAAACAGCUUAUCAUGCUUUUCCUCAACCUGGCCCUGGUCCUCUUAUUCUUGUUGGUUUUGGUGGUUGUACUGAUAUCACAGUCAACGCAAUAACAUUCCUUGAAUCUCUUGGCGUUAGUUCCACAAAAACUUCACAGCAUUCCAAUCGGAAGGGAAAUUUGGAAAUUGAAUUAAAUUCGCUCGAAGACAUCGUGGAUGAAUUUACGCAAAUGCGAUAUGUUCAUAAUAAGGAACUUUUCGAUUCCCUGGUUUUCCAAGCUAUAGCUAAAGCUACUAAUUCAGAUGAACUGAGAAAAGAUGGCAAACGUGGAUAUCUAAGUUUAGGCGGAAAUGCUCCGGUUAUGGCGUCUAGAUUGGCAAGAGAAGGAGCCGAUGUUGCCUUGGCUGCUCGUCUUUCUGCUAAAGAGUCACAGGCUCUACCUCCUAACAUAAAAGGUUUUAUUCAUUCUUUUCAUGCUCUUACCUUUCUUUGUUUUCUAAUCUACUUUUUUAUAGUUUUAUCGGCUCCUUCGUCUUUUGGUUUGCCUUCAAUUCCCCAGACCGAUUUUCACUUGGUUAUGGAGUUUGAUAAGGGCUCCUCUUGGCGAAACUUUACUGCUCCUCGAGCGAAUCGUUAUAUUCUAAUCCGCGAUGAAGAAAAUCCUCGACUGAGCAGUCUCUGGCCUGAUCUUCUUUCCUCUUGGCUCAACCGUGGAGAUGUCAAAGCCAAAGAUGCCUCAACUUCCUACCCCGAUCUCUUCGUUCUUGGUGGUCUUCAAACCAUGGAUAACGCCGUCAUCUCUCCCGAUAUACGAGGAGAGAGAUUGGAAGCUCUGAAGCACUUCCUCUCUGUGAAACUACCUCGAGCUACUCUCGUCCAUUUUGAAAUGGCCUCAUUUGUUGAAACCGCGUUUGUUUCAAAUCUUACAAGAACGAUUCUCCCCUACGUAGACUCUAUUGGUAAUAUUUGCUUAUAUAAUACAUCAACUACUGAUAUUAGCCUAAAUGAGCAAGAAUUGCCAAAUCUUCGAAGUCUCCUGAUAGAAGGUCGUAUUGCAUCUCAGGCGAGUGAGUCUACUCCACGAGCCGCUGUGAUGUUGGAUGGAAUGCGAGAGAUUUGGAGUGCUAUGACUGACAGUAGCCAAUUGCCAAAAGUUGGAAUUGGUCUUAGGCGGUUGUCAAGGCUUCAUUUGCACACCUUGGGGUACCAGAUUAUCAUGGUAAGGAGGCCGGCUGGUGGUGUUGAUUAUGAUCCGGAAAUGAUCGCGAGGGCAAUGAAAGAUCCGGACCUUGUAUUCACUGGCAAGGCUACUGAGUUGGGUUUUGCUUGGCCCUAUACCAAGGCUGCAGUUGCUAAAGCCAGUCUCAUUGCCCAUCGCCACACUUGUGCCUCAGCAAACGUAGAUCCAGACCUAACCCGUCUCCUCAUGGACGAAAGCUUCGCGGUUACUGCGAAUCCUGCCCGUUGGCCAUCCGCACUUCACUGCGACUCCGGCUGCAAUGUUCCUCGGAUCAAAUUCAAUUCUACCUCACCCGUAUCUUGUUGGUUUGAAGAUGAGCCUUCAGCAGAGAACAAGCAGAAUGAACGCUCAACACGGGUGGAAAUCUGUGUGGCUCCAGUCCCCGUUUGUCGAAGGGUAAUUCGAACAGUGGGCGGUGGGGAUAACAUCUCCGCCGCUGCCUUAAGGACUCAGGUCAUCGGACGAAGAAGUUUCCAUGGCGAUCGCUGA